CUUGCUACAUUCAGAUGGCUUACUUCUGCAAUAAUUAAGCUCAGUCAUAGGUUUGGUAAAUAGGAUAAUUGAUAGGAGAAUGAGUGAAUGCAAAUAGCAGAAAUACCUGGAUGGUGUAGACAUUUCCCAUUUGAGAACUACUUAUUGUUUGACGACAAUAUCAUGUGUAUGGCAUUCCACUGAUGUUGUUCUGCAUCUCUUUUUCUCCAGGCUCCACUGACGCGGUGACGUGUUCUCUCCAUGGCAUAUCGCACCUUGUUACCACUGCAAUUCACAUCAUCAUGGGUUGUAGAUGUGUGUAGUUUCAGUUCUCUGGGUCGCUCCCUGCAUUUCGGCUUCUCUGCAAUGUAUGGUUUUGUCUGGCGGACGCUGGCCCUGGCGGAAAGGCAUCGAUGGAUGCCACCUGGGCAGAAACGGGAGUUCGCUGUGAUCAAAAAGCUAGCAAACCUCAAGCCUGAAGACUGUGAAUUGUCCUAUCUUCCUGUGAAGAAAGUCCAGACUGAAACGCUGGAUCUAGUAAAUGUGGCACUGUCCAUCACUGAAACCCCGUCUUCUCUAGAAGAGCAAGAGUUGUGGAUGACCAACCAGGGUCUGUUCCUCAAUGUCAGCAUCAUGGCCGUCCCCUGUCUCUGCUCCAUGGCCCCCAGGGGCCUGGCCCCUAACACCAGUAUGGCCUUGAUCGCAGCAGGAAACACUUCCAGGUCAGAGUUCAUCAAACACCUGAAGAGAUACAAAGAUGUAAACAAUCAGGCGAGGUCACCAGGGCAGACCUUCCGUCCACACACACACGCACGCACGCACGCACGCACGGCAUGCUUCGCCCCCGCUCUCAGAGGAGCUGGUCUGACGAUGUCUGCGAGGACAACGGAGUGUGAAUCUAAGAACACACCCAUAAUCUCCUCAGAGGGGACCUACCCUUGGAACGUAAACGGAGACCUACUGGAGGUGCGCUCAGAGCUACUCAUCAGGUACAGCUCUAGUUCUUGACCUGGCCCAAAGCACCACAGCACCUGCACUGAUAAACCUCAUACGUUAGUGGCUGGAUUCAAUCUGUAUUGCUGAAGUUCAGAGCUACAGCACGAUUGAAAUUUAAAGGCAAUGUUCCCGUGUUCGCAGAGACUGUAUUGACGGUAAUCGCUGCGUAUGUCGGCUCAAUCAGAAAUUACCUUUACAUUUCAGUUGCGCUAAAGCACUGAACAUCAGUGAUACGGGUGGAAUCCAGCCCUAGGGGUUGUAUUCGUAAAGCAUCUCAGAGUAGAAGUGCUAAAAGUGAUCCUAGAUCAGCAGUCCUACUCUGAGACGCUGUGUGAACACUGGCCGAUAUAUUAGGUACACCUCUAUCCUUCAGCUGGUCUAAAGCCCCAUAGCACCUGUCAGAUAGACCUUCUGGAUACAACCCCUGUCUCAAAUAACAUGUUACCAAGGCAAUGACCUAACGCUGCUCACUAAGUAAAGCUCUACCUGUAAUCUCAUGGUCAUAUUACUCUGGGUUUAAUUUACACCCCACAAAGACAGUUCUUAGAGGUCAUGGUCAGUAUAAUUUCACCGUCUUUUUUCGAUCAUGUAUUUAGCGGUACUGUUCAUUUGUCUGUCAGAUAUGGGACAUUUAAAACCUCUUCAACUGAUUUGUUUCACCACCAGGAUACAUCCCCAACUCCUGACCCUGUUUGUUUCACCACCAGGGUACAUCCCCAACUCCUGACCCUGUUUGUUUCACCACCAGGUUACAUCCUCAACUCCUGACCCUGUUUGUUUCACCACCAGGGUACAUCCCCAACUUCUGACCUUGUUUGUUUCACCAGCAGGGUACAUCCUCAACUCCUCUGACCCUGUUUGUUUCACCAGCAGGGUACAUCCCCAACUCCUGACCCUGUUUGUUUCACCACCAGGGUACAUCCCCAACUCCUGACCCUGUUUGUUUCACCACCAGGGUACAUCCCCAACUCCUGACCUUGUUUGUUUCACCAGCAGGGUACAUCCUCAACUCCUCUGACCCUGUUUGUUUCACCAGCAGGGUACAUCCUCAACUCCUCUAACCUUGUUUGU